CGCUGUCUCCAUAGCAACGCGCGCCGCCAUGGGGCAGGAUUACUACGCGGUGCUGGAGCUGGGCCGCGGAGCCACCGCCGCCGACAUCAAGAAGGCCUACCGGAGGUUGGCCUUGCAGAGCCACCCCUUGAAAUGCAAGGAGCCCGGCGCCCCCGAGAGGUUCCGGCACCUGGCGGAGGCCUACGAUGUGCUCAGCGACCCUAUGAAGAAAGGCAUCUACGACAAGUUUGGAGAAGAGGGACUCAAAGGUGGCAUCCCCCUGGAGUCGGGUGAUGAUAACGCCUGGAGCGAUGGAUACGUGUUCCACAACGACCCCCACAGAGUCUUCAAGGAGUUCUUUGGUGGAGACAACCCCUUUGCAGAGUUCUUCGCUGAGGAUGGCUCAGAGCUGAUCCUGCCCUUCGGGGGGCUGCGGGGCCGAGGAGCCAGGAAGCAGGACCCGCCGGUUGUGAGGGAUCUGUACCUGUCCCUUGAAGACCUGUUCCAUGGCUGCACCAAGAAGAUCAAGAUCUCCCGCAGGGUGAUGAACGAGGAUGGUCAAACCAGCUCCAUCAAGGACAAGAUCCUGACCCUGGACGUGCAGCCGGGCUGGAAGCAGGGCACCAGGAUCACCUUUGAGAAGGAAGGGGACCAGGGCCCAAACGUCAUUCCAGCUGACAUCACCUUCGUCGUCCGGGAGAAAACCCACCCGAGGUUCAAAAGAACCGAUGACAACCUCGUCUUUGUCGCCACCAUCCCCUUGGGGAAGGCACUGGUUGGCUGCACGGUGGAGGUGAGGACGCUGGAUGGGAGGCUGCUGAACAUCCCCAUCAAUGACAUCGUGGACCCCAAGUACUGCAAAGUGGUGCCAGGGGAGGGCAUGCCUCUGCCUGGGGACACCCAGCGCAGGGGUGACCUCCUCCUCUACUUCAACAUCUGCUUUCCCACGAAGCUCACACCUAACAAGAAGAUGCUCUUAAGAAACGCCCUCCUGUCCUAGGGGCCGAUGCCCUUCUCCUUCUCCUCCCACCAAUAAAGCUCUGGAGCCCAUAA